GCUACUAGUUCAGAGUCGGAUUCCAGUGAACCAGGGGCCAAGGCAUCAAAGGGAUCGAUCGUGAUCGUGUGUAUAUUCUGGUGAUCUGGUCCUGGGACAACUCGAUCGACCUUUCCCUUUCAGAUGUUGACAUUUCAAGGGUAGAUACAGAUACAGAUAUAGGGAGGACGCAUAGUCGAGGCUCCGGCAUACGCCUCAUCCAACUCCUCUGCUAGAACGUCACGACCAGCAUAGACCUCCUCACGACCAUGAUCUUCCCCCUCGACGCCCUUUUCGACGUUCGACGAGCUCUCCCGGCACUGCCCAUCCUCGCUUCCAGAGCUCUCCCUCUUCUCCCGCUCACCUUCUCCUCGUCAGUCCUAGCGAUCUCUACCGAAUGGAUCUGUCACCUCGAACCCCUCCCUCGACUCCAAGGUCCGAUCGCCGGCAAGACGCUGAGCGAGAUCUUUAGGCGAGCGUAUACGAACGGAGCGUGGACGUUCUUGACCAACAUCUUCCUCAGUAUCGGGUCGAGCGGGUUCUUGUACCUCGCUCUGGAUCCGGAGAGGCCGGAGAUGAGGGGGACUAGGUGGUUCAGGGACGCUCUCGAGGGGAGCUACGGAAAUGGACACGGAAACCUGUCGCACUCGCACCCUUUACAAUCGAUCCACUCGACCUCGGCUCCUAAUCUCCCUCUCCGUCGAUCGCUCUACCUCCUCACUUCAAUCUUCGGGAUCCUCCACCUGUUUCCCUUCGGCCUCUUUAUCCUGCCACACGUCCUCUCGGCCAGUAAACCCAGCCAGCGUCGGUCGAAAGGGGACAAAGGGCUCGACAAGGAGGUCAAGGAGGACGAGGUCAAGCGGGACUUGCAGAGGUGGUUGAACGUGAAUAGGAUUAGGAUAUGGACGGACGUCGGGGCGGCCGUAUGUGCGUUCUUGGCGCUCGUCGUCUGAACGAGGUGUUUGAAUGAAUCGGGGUAGGAGGAUUUACGGUAUGGUCGGGGCACGGAUGGGGGGUCUGGAGGAUGAAGGAACAGAAGGGAUGGGCAAGCGGGACUCGGUGGACUAUACGACGUGCGGGUCGUCGAAGUUGGGAGCGGAAGUUCCGUGGAAGAGAGAGCGACCAGAAUAGGCCUCAUCUCCUGCAGACGACGAUUACGAUGGGAAUGGGCUAAGCUCCACGUUCCGUCAUUCACCUGACGGGUGGUAUGGACUACGACGAACGGAAAGCAUUGAAGACAGUUCACGCUCGGAUGGCGUAGCUUGGCAUAUUCGGGAGAUGGAAACGGGAUGGAAGGAAGAAGGGUGCCGCGGGGGUCGUAACGACCCUUUGACGAUCAAUAGAUGGGUUUUCCGAUUAAUCUUUUGUAUGCAGUCUUCAUUUUCGGUCCGAUGGUAUCGACCAUAUGACGAUCGUGUUACGCCGUUC